AGAAACGAAUUCAGCCCGGGGAAUCGCCAUGAGAAUGGAUUGUUUACAAAUAGAUUUGGAUUCUUUGCGGCUAUCAAUAUGUAGCAUCAUUGGAUCCGAACGCCUGUUCUCAUGGAGAUGCCAAAACCGACUCCGAUCUCGAAGCCGAUUCUGAUUUCGGAGCUGAUCCAGAGCCGAUUUCGGAAACUGAUUCCGGACCUACUAUCCGGAAUCGAACCAGAAAACUUCGGAGCUAGCCGGAAUCGAUUCCGACGAAAACUUCAUUCUUCCCUUCACUAAUCCGGACGAUUACGAACGACUCCGACUCUGGGCAGAACUAGUCGGAAUCGGACUAAUUACAGCCGGAGUCGGAUCGGAGUCGUGGGUGCGCUCCAAAGAGCACACCACUAAAUCGAAACGCUUUCACCCGUAUUUCCCAGUGUCUACCGCAAGCGAAAGCUCCACAAGUGUCCGACGCUCAAGCACAACAACAAUCAACAACCGAACACACCAUCCCUCCACCCCCUCUCCCUUCCAGCCCAAUUCGCCCUGAAUCGAUGGCCAACGUGCCGGACGGUGUGCCCCGCGUCCUGCUGCUGCUCAGUGGCAAGCGCAAAUGUGGCAAGGAUUUUCUCGCCGACGCGCUCCUGCAACGGCUCGGCACGGACCGGGCCCAGAUCGUCCGGAUCUCGGAACCGAUCAAGCGGCACUGGGCGGAAGCGAUGGGCCUGGAUUUGGCCGCCCUGCUCGGCGACGGUGCGUACAAGGAGCGGUACCGGCGGCAGAUGAUCGAGUGGAGCGACGGGCGCCGGCAGGAGGACUACGGUGUGUUUUGCCGCGCCGCCUGCGCCACCAUCGACCGGCCGAUCUGCAUCGUGAGCGACGUGCGGCGCCAGACCGAUGUGCGCUACUUCCGCGAGGCGUACGGGCCCGAGACCCGCCUGCGCACGGUGCGGAUUGAGGCGAGCGAGCAGGUCCGGCACGGGCGCGGCUGGCAGUUUCAGGCGGGCGUCGACGACGUCCAAUCGGAGUGCGAUCUCGACGGGUACGCCGGGUGGGAUUUGGUGCUGACGAACGAGCGCCCGGACGGGGUGGGCGAGCUGCUCGACCGGCUGGUGCAGCUGAUCGAAUGCUGAGAACUGAGAGCACAAAUACGGGGGCGGGGGGGUGUGGUUUAAACAUAAGAAACACUUUUUUAUUUAUUCCAUUUAUCUGUUAAACUGUUAUUAGGCGUUGGUGGAAGGUGUUGGGCUUUUUUGUAAUAAAAUAUAAGAAAAAAAAAUGCGCUAUUUUUUUCUUGCCGUCUUAAUUCCAUCCUAAACUAAAAAAGAACCCCUACGCAUUUGCAAAUUUAAAUAAAAUCAUAUUCUAUCAGGUAGCCCGGGUUAAAAAAAUAUCAUCGCUACAUGU